UAGCCUAACUUUAUUGAACUGGCCUCAAAAAGAUUUCGAUUUCCUACUUUCCUCGUUUUUUUUCUUUCCUCAUCUUAUUGCAAGCAUGUCUUCUGAAUCUGUAAUUCUUGUUACCGGUGGUUCCGGCCUUGUUGGAAAAGCUAUUAGCUGGGUCAUUGAGAAUGAUAAGUCCGAGCAAUUCGGAAAGAAGGAGGGCGAGAAGUGGAUCUUCCUGACGUCCAAGGAUGGUGAUCUCAGAAAGCUUGAAGAUACCAAGGCCAUCUUUGAAAAGUAUCGCCCUACUCAUGUCAUUCACUUGGCUGCUCUCGUGGGUGGCUUGUUUAAGAACAUGAAGUACAAGCUCGAUUUCUUGCGUGACAACAUGCUCAUCAACGAUAAUGUGCUCUUCAUGGCCAAAGAAUUUGGUGUCAAGAAAGUGGUGUCCUGUCUGUCGACCUGUAUCUUCCCUGACAAGACCAGCUAUCCUAUUGACGAAACCAUGGUCCACAACGGUCCUCCCCACGAAUCCAACUUUGGCUACGCUCACGGCAAGCGUAUGAUUGAUGUAUAUAACCGUGCUUAUCAUGAUCAGUUUGGUUGCAACUUCACUUCGGUCAUUCCUACCAACAUUUUCGGUCCCCAUGAUAACUACAACCUGGAAGAUUCCCACGUCCUUCCUGGUCUCACCCACAAGUGCUACUUGGCCAAGAAGGAAGGUAAACCCUUUGUUGUGAGUGGCACUGGCAAACCCCUUCGCCAGUUCAUCUACUCGCGCGAUCUCGCCAAGUUGUUUAUCUGGACUUUGCGUGAAUACAAGGAAAUCGAUCCCAUCAUUCUUUCAGUUGGGGAAGAAGAUGAAGUUUCUAUCAAGGAUGUCGCUGAUGCCAUCGUGAAGGCUAUUGAUUUCAAGGGCGAUUACUCGUUUGACACAAGCCGGGCUGAUGGUCAAUACAAAAAGACCGCCAGCAAUGCCAAGUUGAGAAAGUACCUUCCCGACUUUAAGUUCACUCCAUUUGACGUUGCUGUCAAGGAGUCCGUCGAGUGGUUCGUUGAGAACUACGAAACUUGCCGCAAGUAAUCACCCCUAUCCACAUUCUUAGCGACACAGAAAAAUGCACAAUAAAGACCCAUUGUUAGACAUGAAAAAAAAAAAUCUUGUAUUCCGUUACGUAGGCAAAGCACGGAGCACACCGUGGCACAUACUGGUUCCUUCAAUUUCGCAAACGUUCGAAAACUCCGAAAGAACAAAGGCAAAAAAUCUAGGCACAACCGAACUUGUCGGUGUCUGCCCAAGUUUUGCGGAUGGUGUGCGAGAAAAAUCAAAAAAUAGGCACUAAAAAAGAGAGAGAGAGAGAAUACAAAAAAAAAGUGAGUGAAAGAUAAACGGG